AUGACAGGAAUCAGUCUAGACGUCAUCACCCACAAACUCAAUGUCGACCCCAACUUUAAGCCAGUGAAGCAGAAACGACGAAAAUUCGCACCUGAGAGAAAUAAAAUCAUAGACGAAGAGGUCCAAAAACUGAUAGACUCCGGGAAAAUCAGAGAAGUCAAGUAUCCAGAUUGGUUAGCAAAUGUCGCCGUCGUCAGUGCGACAUACCAACGAUUGGUCAACAAAAUGUUCAAAGACCAACUUGGAGACACGAUGGAGGUCUACAUCGACGACAUGCUAGUAAAAUCGAGGAAGGCCGACGACCAUGUCGAACACCUACGACAAUCCUUCGACAUAUUGAGAAAAUACGGUAUGAAACUUAACCCAACUAAAUGUUCUUUCGGAGUGUCUGCAGGGAAAUUCUUAGGUUACAUCGUCACCCAAAGAGGAAUCGAGGCUAGCCCCGACCAGGUGCGCGCAAUCAUCAACAUUCAAUCCCCCCAGGAAUAUAAAAGAGGUACAACGCUUGACAGGAAGAGUGGCGGCGCUAAAUCGUUUAUCUCGCGGUCGUCGGACAAGUGUCGUCUAUUCUACGACGUCUUGCGCAAAAACAAAGGUUUUAACUGGUCCGACGACCACGAAGCAGCCUUGCAAAACCUCAAAAAAUACAUGAUGUCGCCACCCCUCCUGUCCAAACCCAAAGAAGGCGAAGUCCUACAACUGUACCUAGCCGUCAGCUCCACAGCAGUCAGCGCGGUCCUAGCUCGAGAAGACGAAACGCAACAGCUACCUAUUUACUACAUAAGUAAGUCGCUACUAGAAGCGGAAACCAGGUAUUCCUCCCUCGAAAAACUCGUUUUAGCACUCGUUACUGCAGCUAGAAAACUAAGGCAUUAUUUCGAAACUCACCAAAUAGUGGUGAUGACUAAUUAUCCAAUCAAGUCUGUGAUGCGUAGACCAGAACUAACAGGUCGAAUGGAGAAAUGGACGAUGGCGCUAGGAAGCUUCGACAUCAAAUACCAACCACGAACGGCGGUGAAAUCGCAGGCCCUAGCAGACUUUGUGGCAGACUUUAGCCCCGACUUGGAGAAAAUAGCGGACGACGAAGUCAAACUCAUCAAUAACGUAGAAGAGGUAUGGACGCUCUUCGUCGACGGUUCGUCUAACUUUCGCGGUGCAGGUCUAGGCGUCGUGCUAAAGUCACCACAAGGGGACAUGAUAGCACAAGCCAUAUGCUGCGAUUUCAAAGCGACAAACAACGAAGCAGAAUACGAGGCGUUAAUCACCGGAUUGACGCUAGCUGAAGAAUUGGGGGCAAGCGGACUCAACAUCUUUAGCGACUCACAAUUAAUCGUCAACCAGAUCAACGGCGACUAUGAGGCUAAAGACCUGAAAAUGACCUUAUACCUCGAAAAAGCAAAAAAGCUAGCCUCCAAAUUCAAACCCCUCUCCAUUAAACAAGUGCCACGAGACUUGAACACGCAAGCCGACGCCCUUGCCAAUCUAGGAUCCGCACUCAGAAAGUCACCAUUCUCGACCAUACCUCUAGUACACCUAUUGUCACCCGCUAUUGAAAAAGACAUACCACAAGAUGCCAGCCUCGUCCUAUCAGCCACAAACACUGACAGCUGGACCAAGCCCAUCCUCGACUACAUAACACAUGAAACCCUACCCGACGACAAGCUCGAGGCCAGGAAAAUACUUUUCAAAGCUUUACGGUAUGUUAUUUUGCAGGGUAUACUAUUUAAAAGAUCAGCGAACGGAAUGUUGAUGCGAUGCGCAGAAAAAACAGAAUGGGAAAGACUACAAAAGCAAUACCACGAAGGAGAAUGUGGCGGACAUGAAGGAGGACGAAGCCUGUCAACCAGAAUCAAAAGAAACGGAUACUAUUGGCCAACGAUGCUCAAAGACGCAAUGAGGUACGUAGCUAAGUGCGACAAAUGUCAACGACACGCAGGUAUGACACAUAAACCAUCUGAAUUCUUACACCCCACCUUAACUCCGUGGCCUUUCAUGAAAUGGGGAAUGGACAUCGUCGGUAAAUUACCCGUCGCCCCAGGACAAAAGGUCUUCAUGCUAGCUCUAACAGAUUAUUUUUCUAAGUGGAUAGAAGCAGAUUCGGAGUGCCAUCAGAAAUCAUAUGCGACAACGGAUCCCAAUUCAUCAGCGACAAGACUAGGGCUUUCUGCAAGACGUGGAACAUUGAGCUAA